AUGACUUCCGAGCGCGUUGUUUCGGAGCGUGACUUGACCGCGCUCCCAUUCCACGAUGGACGAGAGCAAGUCUCCAAUGAGAGCCUUGCUAUAGCGAGAAACGUUGACUCAAAGUACGUGUCGAAGAAGAGAAAGAGUCUCUCGGACUUAUUUACCAUUUUUGCCUGCGGCUUUGCUCUGAUCAGUGAUGGAUAUCAGAACAAUCUGAUGACCAUGACGAAUGUCCUCCUCAAAGCUGAAUAUCCGAAGGAGUACACAACCACCGUCAGCACACGUGUGUCUAAUGCAUUGCUUGUCGGUGAAGUUAUCGGACAAGUUAUCAUCGGACUGACAUGCGACUACCUUGGCCGCAAGACUGCCAUCGUCUUCACCACACUCAUGAUCGUUAUCGGAGGAAUCCUCGCUACAGCAUCACAUGGCGUGACUAUCAAUGGCAUGUUCUGGAUGAUGACUGUUGCGCGUGGCGUUGUUGGGUUUGGAGCCGGCGGCGAAUAUCCUGCCUCCUCAACCGCGGCCUCAGAAGCAGCAAACGACCUCAUGCCCAAACGCCGAGGCCCAGCCUUCAUCAUGGUCACCAACUUCCCUUUGUCAUUCGGAGGCCCAUUCGCAGUAUCAAUCUUCAUAAUAGUACUCUGCGCCUGUAGCCAGAAACACUACAGCACCGUAUGGCGACUAUGUUUCGGCAUCGGAUGCGCCUGGCCAUUAUCAAUCUUCUACUUCCGAAUCCGCAUGCUGAACUCCGUCCUUUACCGCCGCGGCGCAAUCAAGAGACAUGUCCCCUACGAACUCGUACUUCGAUUCUACUGGAGAUCAUUGAUCGGGACAUGUGGUGCAUGGUUCCUCUACGACUUUGUCACCUUCCCAAACGGCGUUUUCUCAGGUACAAUUAUCUCUUCCGUCGUGCCCAACGGCACAGUCCUCCAAACAGGCAAAUGGCAACUCCUCCUUGGAGCAAUCGCCUUGCCGGGCGUAUUCCUCGGCGCCUUCCUCUGCGACAAGCUCGGCCGCAAGCAAAUAAUGAUGAUAGGAUUCAGCGGGUACCUAAUCUUCGGCCUGAUAAUCGGCUGCGCCUAUGACCGCAUCACAAAAAUCGUCCCGCUCUUCGUGGUCUUCUACGGACUCAUGCAGAGCUCUGGCAACUUCGGCCCUGGGAAUAUGCUCGGGCUUAUCUCGUCUGAGUCUUAUGCCACUGGUGUUCGGGGCACUUGUUAUGGGCUUUCGGCGGCUAUUGGGAAGGCUGGGGCUGCUGUGGGGACGCAGGCUUUCUUGCCUAUUAAGAGUCACUUGGGGAAUAAGUGGACUUUUAUUAUUGCUGCUAUUUGUGGGGUUGUGGGUGUUGUGGAUUUGAGGGUUCGGGAUGAGAGGUUUCGCGCUUAUCUUGUUGAUAGCGGUUGGGAUGGGGAUAUGGGGGAGGGGGAUUUGAGGGCCUUGGCUGAUCAGGGUGUUUAUUCUGUUGCGACUGUUUCUGCACCGCAGUUUACCAAGGGUUAG